GGGACUUCCGGCGUCCUCUUUCGGUGGUUGAUUUGAUUUUCUCUGGUGUUUUCACUAUUUCCGGCCUUUGGCGCUCUAUGACGUCACCGAAGUGACGGAGCGGAAAAGCGCGAGAAGCGGUUUGGUUCCUUGUACGCAGAGGCGGUAGUGACACAGGCACAACUGACAGUGGCAGAAGCUCAGCUGACAAGGACUGGGGACGGCGGUGUCCUUGUCUUGCCUUUGUCGCCCCCGCCUCUCUCUUCCCUGGCUGAACCUGCGGAGUCCCCGCCGAAGAACCCGAGGGUCCCCUGGCGAUGGCAGAAAUGAACCCUGCACAGGGUCGUGUGGUUUUUGAGGACGUGGCCAUAUAUUUCUCCCAGGAGGAGUGGGGGCAUCUUGAUGAGGCUCAGAGAUUGCUGUACCGUGAUGUGAUGCUGGAGAAUUUGGCCCUUUUGUCCUCACUAGGUUGUUGCCAUGGAGCUGAGGAUGAGGAGGCACCUUUAGAGCCAGGUGUUUCUGUAGGAGUGUCACAGGUCAUGGCUCCAAAGCCCUGUCUAUCUACCCAGAAUACCCAGCCCUGUGAGACAUGUAGCUCACUUCUGAAGGACAUUCUGCGUCUGGCUGAGCAUGACGGAACACACCCCGAGCAGGGACUGUACACGUGUCCAGCACAUCUUCACCAGCACCAAAAGGAGCAGAUUAGAGAGAAACUUUCUAGAGGGGAUGGAGGAAGACCGACAUUUGUGAAGAACCACAGAGUUCACAUGGCAGGGAAGACCUUCUUGUGCAGUGAAUGUGGGAAAGCCUUUAGCCACAAACAUAAACUUUCUGACCAUCAGAAAAUCCACACUGGAGAAAGAACUUAUAAGUGCAGCAAAUGUGGGAUAUUGUUUAUGGAAAGGUCCACACUCAGUAGACAUCAGAGAACUCACACUGGAGAAAGGCCUUAUGAGUGCAAUGAAUGUGGGAAGGCCUUUCUUUGUAAGUCUCACCUUGUUCGUCACCAGACAAUCCACUCUGGAGAAAGGCCUUAUGAGUGCAGUGAAUGUGGGAAAUUGUUUAUGUGGAGUUCCACACUCAUUACACAUCAGAGGGUUCACACUGGAAAGAGGCCUUAUGGUUGCAGUGAAUGUGGGAAGUUCUUUAAGUGCAACUCAAACCUCUUUAGGCAUUACAGAAUUCAUACAGGAAAAAGGUCUUAUGGUUGCAGUGAAUGUGGGAAAUUCUUUAUGGAAAGGUCUACACUCAGUAGACAUCAGAGAGUUCACACUGGAGAAAGGCCUUAUGAGUGCAAUGAAUGUGGGAAAUUCUUCAGCUUGAAAUCCGUCCUCAUUCAACACCAAAGAGUUCACACUGGAGAACGGCCUUAUGAAUGCAGUGAGUGUGGGAAGGCUUUCCUUACAAAGUCCCACCUCAUUUGUCAUCAGACAGUUCACACUGCAGCAAAGCAGUGCAGUGAAUGUGGGAAAUUCUUUAGGUAUAACUCCACACUUCUCAGACAUCAGAAAGUCCACACUGGAUAAGGCCCUUAUGAAUGCAGUGGAAGUGGGAAAGCCUUCAGUCGCCAACAUAUUGUGGCUGGACAGCAGGCAGUACACACUGGAGAAAGACUGAAUGCCGUGAACGUGGGUAAUUAUGUAGGUACAGCUCUCCAAUCGCUGUGUAUCAGAGAAUUCACACUGCAGAAAUGUGUGUUCAGCAAACUCGGGACAUUAUUUUGGUUUGACUUUCAUGUCAUUAGACAUUGGAGAGUUUACACUGAAGAAGAGUCUUUUCAAUAAAGUAGAAAGUGGUAAAGAUUCAACAUGCAAGAUUGUACUUAUUGGGCUUCAGAAUAUCCACACUAGUGAAAGUCUUCUGAGUACAGCAAAUGUGUGACAUUAUUUUGCUACUACUUCGCACUACUUAGACAUCAUGUAGUUCACACUGGAAAAAGGCCACGUAUGUGCCUUGAAUGUAGCCAAAAUGAUGAACAACACCCAGAAAUCUCUGAUUUAGCACUGAGAACUAGUAUUAUAUGGUUUUUAAAAAACAAUGGUGAGUACAUGCCACAUAAAAUUUGCCAUCUUAA